GAUCAGAGCAAAGUUGUUGAAAGUAAUAAGAGUAUCGAAACAAUAGAUUUUACAAAAGAUCCUUUGGAUUGUUUAUCCAAUACAGACAGCUUAGAACUAUCUGAAGCAAUAGCAGGAAUUGGAAAGGAAAAACCUGAAUUAGAAAUUGGUAAUGGUGGUAAUUCAAAAGAAUCUGAAUUGGAAGUUAGUAAUACGAAAGAUCCUGAAUUAGAAAACGAAAAGGAGCCUAAUACAA